AUGACCGGCUCUAGUAAGGAGCGUACCAGCAACCAGGCGGCCGUGCUCUCUUUGCCUCGGCCGGCACCUCCGUAUUUGACAUCAGGAAGAGGCCAUGAACAGGUCGGCGAUUUCGCUUCUUGUGCUUGCUCCUCGAGUAGCGUAGAGCCGCGUAGAGAGUCGAGUCCAUCCAUCGCUCCUUCCGGUGCUUCAGUCGUCAGAGUUGCAGCUUCCUGCCGCGACGCAAGAACCCUAGUAGCGCCUUCCCGCGAUUGGCCGCACCUGCCCCCCCCUCCCAAGCCUGCCCAAAAGCAGCGAACCGCCCCAAACACCCUAUCGCUGCGCACCCCUAGAUCCCCCGCAUUCUUCCACGUCGUGUCGUUGCGCUUCCACCAAGAGAGCGCCACACACUGCACUACCUACCUACCGCACGCACACUCAUCUCGAGUCGCUCCCCACGAGAAAGCACUACCCGCCCGCACCCUUUUUUUUACUCCACCAUCGUCUCUACUCCUCCCUCCCUCCACCGUGAAGCUGGAUUCCCACGAGACGACGACGCCGCCACCCCUCUCCCACUCGCCGCGCGAAUCCACCGCUGCGAGCACGCCCAUCACCACUCCCGUGCAGCAGCCCGCCUCGCCGCACUUUGCCCGCAUCUCCAAGGACUCGAGCGCGACCCUCUUUUCUUCCUGGCACCGCAAGCCCCACGAGCUUGUGGUCCGCCACCUGCCCGACUCCGACUCUCUUUUCGACGACUCGGCCGACUCGCAUUUUCUACGCUUUCCAGAAGACGCCCAGCAGCACUGCUUUUCGCGAGACAUGGCGCAGACGGCCUCGCCCAUCGACAUCCAGACGCCCCCGCGUUAUGGCUCCCACUCCCCGCAGAACCAGACGUCAAAUCUGACCUCCGCCCUCCGCGAGGCAGAGGCACAGCCUGACCUCGGCUCCACGUCCAACCAUCUCAACCCAAAUGGCUUCGACUUUCCCAACACCCGACCAGGCAUGGGCGAGCGCAACGGCUCCAUGGGCAUGCUUGGCUCCUCCUUCUACGGCAACAGCGGCGCCCGUCCCAUCUCUAUGAAGGACAGGCCGCGUCGAGAGAGCAAUAACAUGGGCAGCUUCGCCGGCGGCAUGAGCUGGGGCGGAGUGUCGGUAGGAUCGUGGAUUCGCGAUGACAUCAUGAUGUCUGGCACUUCGCCAGCUCCUUUCGUCAACAACUCGCCAUCGUUUCAUUCAUCGUCGUAUCUGCCCAAGAUGGAAGCUGCGUUCAUGAAGGAUUUCACCUGCUGUGGCCUCACCCUGGCCUCGCUGCACGACCUCCUCCAGCAUUUCGAGGAGACGCACGCCAACGCCCCGGUAGCCCGCACUUCUCAGCCGGCCCAGAACGGAAUGCCGCCCACAUCAGGCGCCCAAAAUACCUCCAUAGCGCCAGGCCAGACGCAGGGCGAACCAUCUGUAAGCACACAAUUUGGUUUCCAGCCACGAACAGGGUCAAUAGGUGGCUCUCGACAACGCGUUGGUUCAGUCAGCCGCUCCAACUUGUCGACCGUGCAGGACGUCGACUCGCUCGAGGACAUGGACAUGGACGAUUUCAAUUUCGACAACCUCGGCCCGAUCGAGGAGACGCCUACCCAGUUCCCCGUGCAGCAGACUGCAUUCAACCAGAAUCAGAACCAGCUGCCGCAGCUGAACGUCAACCUCGCCAACACGAUGCAAAACCAUCAGGGCCUGCGGACGUCGACGCCUACCACGCCUGCGGCAUCACAGCAGUUCAACCUGCAGAACAAUCCCACAGUCUCAUCAGUAAACACUCCUACUCUCGGCACUGUACCCAUGCAAAAUACCCACAAUCUGACAUCGCCCGAGUCAUCACAUCCCGGCACACCAGCUGAGCUAGAUAUGGACUUCAACAACUUCAACCCAAUGAUGGGAAUGGACAUGGGCAUGAACAUGAACAUGAACUUUGGCAACGGUAAUUUUGGUGCCAUGUCUGGCUUCGACAACAAUGGCACUAUUGAUCAGCCUGGAAAACGCCUGUUCAGCAAGCAGGGCGCAGGACUCAGCCAAGUGCAACUGCAGGCAGCGCUGAAGAACUAUCAACUUGGCGGCAACGACCAGAGUGAGCUGGCAAGGAGGUUACGAGAGCAGAGCCUCAACGGUGCAAGCAUACCACAAUUCCCCUUCCCAGAGGAAGUCAAGCCAUUCCGAUGCCCGGUCAUUGGGUGCGAGAAGGCCUACAAGAACCAGAACGGUCUAAAGUACCACAAGCAGCACGGCCACCAGAACCAGCAACUCAAGGAGAACGACGACGGUACCUUUUCUAUUGUCGAUCCUCUCACGUCCAUUCCCUACCCCGGCACUGUCGGCAUGGAGAAGGAGAAGCCAUAUCGGUGUGAAGUCUGCGGCAAGCGCUACAAGAACCUCAACGGCCUCAAAUACCACCGCUCCCACGCUCCACACUGCAAUCCUGAGCUCGCUCUCCAGAAACUCGGUCUAGGUGGAAACCUCCAAAAUCUCCAGAACAUGCAGAAUGCGAAUGUUGCGGGUGCUGGCAUGGGCGGCAUUGACCCGUCAAUGUUCUAGAGCAGUAGCUGUUUGGCUUCCCUUCUCCAGAUCGGGUUUCGACUCGCCUUUGUAUCUUUCUUAAUACCCAAUAUUCGAACAUGCGACCACUACUACGUCGUUUCACAUAUAGACCGGUUUUGUCACUUUUAGGUCUCCGGAACCUUCAACAACACGAAAAAAGUCUCGUUUGGUUUUUCAGCAUCCCGUUCCCGCAUUCUGUCCUGGAGUUCUUUGGAUUUGGAGAACUGAUUACGCACCAUCCCCCAAGACAGCCAGUACUGGAACUUUGGCCAUGAAUGAUGUCGUUUUGCAUAUGAUGC